AUGCUUUCUGAAUAUCGAAAGUGGGACAAAAUUUUCAUCUGUUUAACUUUUGUCGGGAAAUCUCAAAAGAAAAUUGAAUUAGACCCAAUAUUAACUUAUAUUGAGAUAGUGUUUGUUGAUGAUUCACCCAUAAACAACAUUCCUGUUUUCAAAUUUACUCACCAGCUAGUUGAUCUUCUGAGUAAUUUGUCUGUAAUUAAUAUCAGUUUUACUUUAUUUCAUAGAUUAUUUGUAGCAUUAAAUGAUUUAUCCAUACCAUAUUUGUAA